AUGGCGAUGGUGCUGAUGCUGGAGCUCGCCGAGCUCCACAGCCUGCGCACCCUGGCCUCCAAGAUGGGUGACGCCUGCUUGGAGCGCCGAUGCCAGCAGGCCAUCGCCAAGCUCGAGUCCCCCCCCGCCGCCAAGCCGCUGGCGGCCCAGCUGUCCAGCGUCACGUUCGCCAGAGAGAGGCACGUCAGGAAGCUCGGUGCGGCCAUCUCCCAGCCCGACAAGCUCGAGAAGGCGGCGGAGGAGCAGAGGGACCACAUCGAGCAGCUCAGCAUGCAGCUGGAAGAGUUCUACAGGCAGCACGACCUCGUUCUUGCGCAGCUUCACAAGCCCAAGGACAAGGCUGCCGAGCCCUCCGAGCCCGUCCUGGCCCUGGGCUCUCUCCUCGACGGCUCGUGCGACACGAUCGAGGUUGAUAUGGGCUCCAUCUUCGAUUUCGGCGAUCUGGAUGUGCCCCGAGAGGAUAAGGAGGUGGUGCAGCGACGCCAACUGGAGCUGGAGGAGCAGAUCGCGACCAUGGCCAGAGAAGUGUUCCAGAGGGCUGCCGACGUCGCGAAGGCGGUCAAGAAGCAGCAUCAGGAACACGCGGAGCGCAUGGUCAAGAAGAGGCGCGGCGGCGCAGCCGCAGGAGCGGGAGGUGCUACCGCCGCCGCCGACAUCGGGGAGCCAGCCGCCCAGACCGUCUACAAGGGCGGCGGCGACGGCUCCCCCUCCACUGGCGUUGCCGACUCGGGCGCGGCCCCUGGCGCCGACGGCCAGCGCGCCAGCGUGCAGACCAGAGCCGCCCAGAUCCCGGCCAAGCGCUCGGCGGCGGCGCGCAAGGGCGCGGGGCGCCCUGCGGCCCCCGCCCCCGGGGCCCGAGUCGGCAGAGGAGGCGAGUUGCACGGCACUGGCCCAGCACGCAGCGGCUCGGCCACAGAUUCCUUCAGCAGUAUCACGGAGUGGGGCCCGAAGUCUCUUGGCAUCCUGGGGGCCCAGGGCAGACAGUACAAUGCAGUGCGUUUCGUCGAGAUGCACAAGAAGGCAGCAGAUGCCCAGAGCAUUCGUACGGAGGGAGAGGCCAUCUUUGUCCUGAAGCACCUGGCGGCCACAUCCUGGGAGAGCGCGCUGAAUGCGUCUGCAUGCAAGGGCUUCCAGGCGACGGCCCUCCACAUGCAGAGGGGGAACGUUGUGGUCAUCACGCUUUACCUUUUCCCCGGGGGCAAGCUCGGGGGCAUCAACACUGAGCACCGCCGCUCGGUCGGGCGCUUCGUCAAGACGCUUGCCGACCCCUGGGUCAUCAUCGGAGAUUGGAAUACCAGCAUGGACAAGCUGCAAGCCUCUAAAUCUAUGAAGCUGCUGGAUGGCGUCCUCAUCAAGCCUGAUGUGGAAGUCACUUGCACCACAGGGCCGGGCAGCUCCCUCAUCGAUUUCGCGUUUGCGAAGCGUGGCUUCGAGGGGUCGUUGAAGCUGCGAGCCUGCCAGCAGGCCCCAUGGAAGACACACGUGGGCCUCGAGCUGGUCAUCGCCAGCGGCCACGACCAGUGGCGGCACCAG